GCGCGCCCGCCCCGCGCGCCGCCUCCGGCCCGCCCCGCGCCCCAUUCACUCGGCUCCCGGCGCACUCGGCGCGGGGCGCACACGGAGCGCAGCCGGCGGCGGGGACGGCAUGCGCGCCCCCCGCUGAGCCGCGCCGACCCCCGCCCGCCCGCCGCCCGCCCGUCGCCGCCGCCCGCCGCCCGCCGAGGACCCCCGCAGCCCCGCGCCAUGGAGCGGAUCCCCGGCGCGCAGCCGCCCCCCGCCGGCCCCGAGCCCGGAGACCUGCCCGGGAUGGAUUUCGCCCACAUGUACCAGGUGUACAAGUCGCGACGCGGCAUCAAGCGCGGCGACGACAGCAAGGAGACCUACAAGCUGCCGCACCGGCUCAUCGAGAAGAAGAGGCGCGACCGCAUCAACGAGUGCAUCGCGCAGCUCAAGGACCUCCUGCCCGAACACCUCAAACUUACAACCCUGGGCCACUUGGAGAAGGCCGUGGUUCUCGAGCUCACCUUGAAGCAUGUGAAGGCGCUGACCAACCUCAUUGACCAGCAGCAGCAGAGAAUCAUCGCCCUGCAGAGUGACCUGCAGACCGGGGAGCUGUCUGGGAGGAGCAUCGACGCAGGUCAGGAGAUGUUCUGCUCAGGGUUCCAGACGUGCGCCCGGGAAGUGCUGCAGUACCUGGCCAAGCACGAGAACGCCCGGGACCUGAAGUCCUCGCAGCUGGUCACCCACCUGCACCGCGCCGUGUCCGAGCUCCUGCAGGGCAGCCCCUCCCGGAAGCUGGCCGAGGCCGCGCCCAAAGGCCUGGACUUCAAGGAGAAGGCCAGCCCCCUGGCCCGGGCCGCCCAGGGCCCCGGCAAGAACUGCGUGCCCGUCAUCCAGCGGACUUGUGCGCCGUCGGGCGGGGAGCAGAGCGGCAGCGACACGGACACGGAUAGCGGCUACGGGGGCGAGUGCGAGAAGGGGGAGCCGCCCUGCUUCAGGGCCGACGCCGGCCGCAGGCCCCCAGCGGGCGAGCGCUUCGGGGCCAUCAAGCAGGAGUCCGAGGAGCCCCCCGCCAAAAGGAGCCGCGUGCAGCGUGCCGACGAAGAGGGCCGCUUCGCCGGGGGCGACCUGCUGGGCGCCCCCUUCCUGGGCCCCCACCCGCACCAGCCCCCCUUCUGCCUGCCCUUCUAUCUCAUCCCCCCCUCGGCCACCGCCUACCUGCCCAUGCUGGAGAAGUGCUGGUACCCCACGUCGGUGCCCCUGCUCUACCCCGGCCUCAACGCGUCCGCCGCCGCACUCAGCAGCUUCAUGGGCGCCGACAAGGUCUCGGCGCCCCUGCUGGUGCCCCAGAGACUCCCCUCGCCCCUGCCGGCCCACCCGGCCCUCGACUCCUCCGCCCUGCUCCAGGCCCUGAAGCAGAUCCCCCCCUUAAGCUUGGAAACCAAAGACUGAACUCUCGGGGGGUCCCGCUGCCCGGGCCUCCUGCCUCCCGACGUCCAGCCGCGAACAGGACGCGCGUGGGGGGCGGGGAGGCGGGCUUGCACGCGGCUUGGGUCCUGCGGCAGAGGGCAGGACGGCUGCUGGGUGGGGAGGAAGGGGGGACCGGGGACGGCAGCCUGCGGGUGGGCGUGGACCUUCGGGCCUGUCCCCACCCUGGGCCAGGCCGGCUCACCGCCCCCCGCCUGGGCACUGCAGAGCUGUCGGCCGCCUGGGCCGGCUCAGGCCUCGCCUCGGAGCCGGGCCUGAGGCUGGGCGGAAGGUGCUUUCAGAGGAAGCCUUCCCGGCCAGCCCCGCCCUCCGGGUGGCCGUGACUCACUCAGCCAGGCAGCGCCCAGCUGCCCACUCCCUGCCCCUGCCGCCCGCAGGGGUGCCGUGCCCGGCCCCGCACUGCGGUGGUUCGGGGAGAUUUCCCAGGCCCGCCGCAGACGAGCGCAGAGAAUGUAGUCCCUUACUCAGGCCCCCGAGCACUGCUUCCCGAGACAGCCCCUCGCCCCCGGCGCCUGGCACCCGGUGGGGCGUCGCCAUGGGCUGUGCGGGGUGCCCAGCUCCCAGGCUCUAGCUGAGGUCUGAGCUGUUGCCUCGGACCCCUGGUACCCUAGCUUGGCAUCGUGGGGGCCCGGGGCCCCGCCCGGGGCCCGGCUGAUCCCGGCCGCCUUGUCGCCCCCGACCCCGCAUCCUUCCCUUCGAAAGCAGAAUCCUCCCCCUUUGCCCCUGCACCAGCUUUUCACAAUGCACUAUGCUUGAUGGCCGACCGUGUUUUUAACUUUGUUCUUCCCCGUGUUUAUUUUGGUAUAAAGUCGCCUUUAUUUGUAAAACUGUUAAUAAAUAUAUAUUAUAUAAAUAUAUCAGAGAGGGAAAUGUUUCAGAUGUUUAUUUGUAUAAUUACUUGAUCUACCAAGUGAGGGAAAAAAAACGAAUGUAUUCCUGUUUUUUGAAGAGAAGAAUUUUUUUUUCUCUCGGGAGAGGUACAGUGUUUAUAUUUUGGAACCUUCCUGAAGGUGUGAAAUUGUAAAUAUUUUUAUCUAUGAGUCAAUGUUAAGUAGUUGUUUAAAAAUACUUAAUAAAAUAAUCCUUUUCCUGUGGAAGAGAA